GGCUGUUUAUUGGCAAUCGUCGACGAUAGUUGUAAUACACUACAGUCUGUAGUAUUAUAGUUAUUUAGAACGACCACGCACGUCAGACAUUCGGGCUCGGGCACGUCAGAGUUUUCAGACGUCAGUCGUCACUCCCUACUCGCUAGGUUUGCACGGGUUUGCGGUGUCGAGCGCGGUUCUCGCGAUCUCAAGAUUAAAUUAUUAUUAUUAUUAUUAUUAUAUUGCGUUGGUAUAGUACAGUGUACGAAUUUUUAAUCGCGUCGUUUACUCGUUUCCUUGGCCGUACACAGUUUUUUCCUUAGUUGUAUUUUAUUUUUUUUUUUUAUAGCUAUUUUCGUUCGGUUUCCGUUUUAUUGCCCUCCGUAUUUGGUUUCCGUUACAGCGUCAUAUUAUAUUAUUUCGGACCAGGUAUCUUGAUCCGAAUUCACGUCGUUCUCCAUCAUCAGCUUACGAAGCAUUCAGUGAAAUAAAAUACAGUUCCAUGAUGGAUUUGGAAUUCGACUCUCCUACGGUGUUAAUUGAAGAUGUCACAUUGCCUUCAUUAUUGACAAGUUUUAGUACAUCUACUACCAGUUCAGUAGAAUUUACAUCAUCAGAAUCAGAGUCAGAAACUACUCGAGUACCUAUUAUCAAACAAAAAACAAAUAAAUGUAUUUAUAAAGGUCCAGUAAAAUCAUAUUCAUUAGCUGAUUUAACGAAAAUAAAGUCUUUCAAACCACUUAUACGAGAAGAUUCAGCUAUUUAUUCUACAGAAACAUUAACCAGUGCCAUGACUUCCAGAACAGAAUCAGGUAUUCAUAAUUCUAAUAGUUGUCUGAACUCAUUAGGUAAAAAUAAGAAAAAAUAUGCACAUGUUGAAAGUAAAGUAAAACAAUACAUUAAGGAUAUCAAAGAUAAUGAAGCUAAAAGUAAAGCUACUAGAUAUAGUUUACAACCUUCAUCAAGAAAACAGCAAGUAAAUAAAUAUGUUGAUGAAAUGAUUAAAAAUGAAGGUGAAGAAAUUAUAAAUUUAAAAAGCAAUUUGAAAAAACUGGAAAUUCAAUUAUUGGAGAAAAAUAGACUUAUAGAACAACUUCAAUACAAUUAUAAAGUAAUGGAAAAUAAGUAUAACUCUGCAACAAAUAUUAUUUUAAAAUUGGCUAAACCUAGUAGAGAUGUGUUAAAAUUUACUGAAAACGAAUUAAUAGAGCCAUUAUCCCCGGGUUAUAAUAUACCACCACCUAAAGAAGUAUGGGGCUGUGGUUAUAAACUAAAAUCAUCUAAUACAUUAUCAGCUAUAAGAAAAGAAAAUUUAAAUCUAGAGAAAGAAAAUGGUCUUAAAGUUCGAAAAGUGAAAUCAGGAGGUGAUUUAAUAAAUUAUUCCAAUAUUAACGCCUACAAGACACCAAGAGAUUCAAGAUCUGCUAUCCAAAAGGUAAAGUUGUGGCAAGAAUCAUUGGCAAGCACUGAUGUAUCUGAAAUGGAUACUGAUCAAGAUGUAGAAUUUCCAUCACCACAUUCAUAUUCUAUAUCGUCUAAUGAUUUGUCGUUGAGUUCAUUAGAAAUUGCACCAGUGAUGAAUAAUAAAUAUCCCAGUAAACACGAAUGCCGUAGUGAUUCAUCUGGUUGUGGUAUGUCUUCAACCAGAGUAUCUAAAGAAAAUACAUUAGUUAGUGGUAUUAAUAUAUUAGUUGAUAACAAUGAACUUUGCUCCCCCUGUGAAAUGGUAAAACUACACUCUUCUACACCUAUAAAACAUGUUGGGCAUAAUUUAUAUUCAACCAAAAACAAAAACACAGCUUUAUCAAAUAAACAAAAUGAUGAACCACAAAAACGCCGAUCAUCAAAAAAACAUAAAAAAACGAAAUCUAAAAUCGAAGAAAGCCAAUGCCCAAAUGAAGUUGAUGAAUUUAUGUGUCAAUUUAAACAUUGUAUUGGUGUCAUAAAUGGUGUAGUCACAAAAAUGGAAGAAAGCUUUAUGUCACAAAGAUAAGUUUUUUAUUUAUAAUAUGUAAUGCCUAUUUUUGUACUCCAAUGUUGUAUAAUAACAAAUUGGGUUUAAAGGUUUAUUAACGAUUAUCAUUUAUACCUGUAUAUAACUAUUUUUAUAUUGAAGGGUUUCUUGUAUUAUUAUAAAAAUUGUUUUGUUAUGAUUUUUGUUAAAAUGUUUUUUUUUUUACGCACUGUCAUUAAAAUAAAAUAAAAUAAUUUAAUAUUUUAUUAUGUUGUUAGGUAUAUAACCAAAAUUUAUAUUAGACUGUUAAGCUAGUAUCUUCUCUUAAUAGAAAUUUAAUAUAAUAUUACAUUAAUAAACUGUUUUCCAUGAAUUACUUUAUAAUAUCUAUUUAUUUUAAAACAUAUUGAACAGUUCAAAAACUAUAAUAAGUGUCUUAAAUUCUAGACAAGCCUCGUGAUAAAUUAUAUAUAUAUAUACAACUAAUGUUUAAUACAAUUUUCCCAAAAAAUCCACAUCACCUUAUCAUGACUUAUUAUUUGUAGUUCUUAUUGAACUUAUAAUAUGAUAUAUUAAUAUAAUUUAUUAUGAUAAUAAUGUAACAAUUAUAUAACUUUGUAUGCAAGCUUUUGCCAAUUAAUAAAUUUAAAUUUAAAUUAUUAGUAUAUUAAAUUUUUUUUCUAGAAAUUCAAGUAAUUAUUAUAUAAACUAAGGGUAUAGAAACUUUUCGUAUUUUGUAACUUAUGUUAUUAAGUAUGUACAAUUUAAAUUCAUAUAUGUAUGUAUUUAUAUUAUUUUUUAGUUUAAGUUAGAUGUUUUUAACAAAAUGUUAACUCUGUUAAUCUAAUUUUUCUUAUGUUUACUAUUUAAUAUUUUUUUUUUAUGUUAAGAUUUUGUUUAUUUUCUCAUAACACAAUUGUUUACUAAUUUAUGUUUAAUUAUGCUAUCAUAGAUAUUUUUGACUAAUUGAAAUAAUUGUAACUUUAAGUGCCAUAUUAGUAUCUGUCUAUAGGUGUGUUUAAUUGUUAACGACAAGACUGAUUCUACAUAAAUAAAACACUAAUUUGUUAUUUACAA